AUGGAAUUAGCAACAGUCCUCUGGGUAGCAUGUGUUCCUAUUUUCCUUGCAAUUGUGUCGACAAUGAUGGCCCGACGACGACCGAUGUUGUCCCAAACAACGAAGCUAUCGCCUUCUCCACCGCCCAUGGCCGCAGAGGCUCCCCUUCUUGGGAUUCUCCCGGUGCUUCUCGCCAAGGGCCCGCUGCAAGUGAUCCGCGACGCCCACACGGAGAUGGGGAGCGUGUUCACGGUGAGACUGUUGCAUCGCAAGGUGACCUUUCUGGUUGGGCCAGACGUGUCGAGCCAUUUCUACCAAGGGCUAGACUUGGAGAUUAGCCAAGACGAGGUCUCCCAGUUCACCAUUCCGACUUUCGGCCCCGGCGUUGCCUUCGACGUGGACUUCGCUACUCGCCCCGAGCAGUUCCGCUUCUUUGGUGACGCCAUGAAGCCGGCCAAGCUCAGGACAUACGCCGGACUGAUGGUGCGCGAAGUCGAGGAGUACUUUGCGAGGUGGGGACAGUCCGGCACGGUUGACUUGAAGCAGGAGCUAGAGCACCUCGUCACGCUCGUAGCCAGCCGGUGCUUGUUCGGGGAGGAGGUCCGGGCCAAGAUGCUCGGCGAGGUCGCAACGCACCUCCGUGAGCUCAACGACGGCAUGCGCCUCGUCACCAUCCUGUUCCCGCACCUGCCCAUCCCGGCGCACCGCAGACGCGACAGGGCGCGCGCUAGGCUCGGCGAGAUAUUCUCCGGCGUCGUCAGCUCUCGCAAAGCAAGCUACCCUGACUGCGGCCCCGACGACAUGCUGCAGUGCCUGAUUGAUUCCAGGUACAAAGACGGCCGCGCCACGACCGAGACGGAGGUCGUCGGGAUGCUGGUGGUCUCGGCGCUGUUCGCGGGGCAGCACACGAGCUCCAGCACGAGCACGUGGACCGGAGCGCGCCUCCUCGCGCGCGCCAACUCCGAGCACCUGCGCGCCGCCGUCCGGGAGCAGGAGCGGGUCGUGGCGCGGCACGGGGACCGCGUGGACUACGAGGUCCUGCAGGAGAUGGACACCCUCCACCGCUGCGUCAAGGAGGUUCUGCGGCUCCACCCGCCGGCGAUGCUGCUGCUGCGCCACGCGCGCCGGAGCUUCACCGUGCGGACCAGGGAGGACGAUGAGUACGAGGUCCCGGAGGGGCGUACCGUCGCGAGCCCGCUGGUGCUCCACAACCGUCUCUUAUACGUGUACAUGGACCCGGAGAGGUACGAGCCGGACCGGUUCGGCCCGGGCAGAGGGGAGGAUGUGGCCGGCGGAGCGUUCUCGUACACGGCGUUCGGUGGCGGGCGGCACGCCUGCGUUGGUGAGGCGUUCGCGUACAUGCAGAUCAAGGUAAUAUGGACGGCGCUACUAAAUAUCAGUCGAUUGAGAGUCUCAGUCGACUGCUCAGCUGUCCGAUCUUAUGCAGCGUGUAGAUUCGCGCUGGGGCGGAUUGUCCCUCAUUUCGGCCUGUCUAAGCCGCAUUAA